CUUAAUGUUGCCAGAUCUUAGGCGGCUAGUGUGAAUAUGGAUGUUGCCCGAAUUCAUUUUGACAAAAAAGUGGGAUCCAAAUUCAAAACCGGUCAUAUUUAGCAGUUUUUUUUACACUAACAAACAAUAACUAUGAGACAUGUUACGACAUUGCCAGUGAAGCACAAAGGGAUACAUCUCAGUUUCAAAUUGAACAACGUCGAUGCCAGCAUAGAAUAUGGGAUCGUCAAGAACAAUAACGAUUGGAUACCGAUCACUGAUCCAGAAAAAUAUGUUCAACGGGGACAAUCCGGUGAUGGCGAAGUAAAACCGUAUCAUGAACUCAAUAAAGAAGCGGAAUUCUUGAAAAAGAUUGUUCACCGUGAUACUAUGAAUGAUGAGAAAUACACUGCUCUUCGACAGUCGAGAAACAUGAGAUCCAAAUGCAAGGAUCUAGGCGAUGCAUUACUUAAAUACUAUUUCAACAUUGCCAAUGAUUUCAACAAAGACAUUUUGGUUUAUUUGAUCAAUCUAUCUAAAUCUAGAUGUCAUGAUGACGAUAAAAUUGAGACUGGAAGUAUUAAAAAAUCACCUGUUUCGUUGUUUAGAUACGACAGAAAUCCGAAGAAAAUUCCAGACGGUGAAGAAAACAAUUUAGCGCAUUUUGAAAAUAAUAGAAAUGAAGUAUAUGCGGAAGUGGAUUCUAAUAAACAUAACAUACUUAAUGAACGAACAUACGAGGUGACAGAAGACACAGAACUUGAUCAAAAUGUUGGAACCACGAAUAAUCCAUUAAAUUACAUUCAUGAAAAACCUGAAAAUGACCUAAGAGAGGGGAGCUUGAAUACCACAGCUAAACUACAAGACAUACUUUCAAAAUAUGGAAUAAACAUCAAUGAUGAUUUACCCAAUUAUGCUCUAUCAAGACGUCUCACAAGAUCUAUGCCAAUAAAAAUGCCUAGGUAUAACAACCAUUUGCCUCUAGACCCAUUGUUAGCAGUUUAUCUAUCUAAUUAUGGACAUUAUUUACCUGGUGUUUAUGGACUAAAUAAUAAAUAUUACAAUUUAUAUGGGUAUUUAGCAUCAAAUAAUAUCCAUAACAACAGACCUUUUGGAUCUUAUAAGAUAUUUUCUGAUACCGAUUCUAGUUUAUAGACACACAAAUUUUAAACAUAAAGAAAAUGUGUGGUGUCGUAGAAUACAGGAUAGGAACGAAGUUCCAUAUAAAAAAAAAUCGCGCUGAAAUAUCGCUGUGCGGAAAACAAGGCCUUAUUCCACGGACUUUUUCUUACGGUUUUACUAUCACAUUUUUUUCAGUUCGGUCGCGCAGCAAAAUCCCCGUCUCCUCCAAGCCUGCCGUAAAGAACUUCGUUCCAAUAAAUACUCCUAGUAUUCAGUUUGAGGUCAUUAAGCAAUUUAUAAGAUUGUAAUAGUGUUUUAGUAACAUUUACGGGACGUUAAAUAUGAGGUUCUAUAACUACCUGAAGAUCCAACACGAAAAGAGGCUCUGAGAGCAUAGGGAUUAAGACUACACCAGUGGUACAUAAUUUUACGUGCUGCAAUAUCCAAAGAUAGAAAGAGCCUUAGUGGUUAUCAAACUCCAACAAGAGACAGCAAUAGAAGAAGAAGAUACACAACUUUUUGUCGCAUUCGCGCGUAAAAACAUACUUGGAUGUAGUUAAGACUUUGAUCAAUGCAAAAUACCCUUAACCUUGUGUUAGUCAUAGGUCAUAGUUAAUAGUUACUUGUGUCUAAGUGUGACUAUAAUGUAAUAUUCAUAUGCACUAAUGAAAAAAAUACAUCUCCAAUUAACUCACUGAA